AAAAAGAAAAACAAUCUGAAAUACACAGAACACAGAUUUGAUCCAACUCAGUUUGGGAGGGAAAUGUUUUGUAGAGAGAGAAAGUGAAGGAAACUGGAGAGAGAAAGAGUUGGAACUUGGAAGCAAAAAUGGAAGGGACGAGUGUUUGAGAGAGACGUAUUUGCAAACAUGUUAGAAAUCCUUUGCAUAUAAAGAGAGGAAAAAGGAGGCGCAUACUAUUCGCUUGGAAAACUUGUAUUCUAGAGAGAAAAAGUUUAGAGUGAGGGAAAAUGUUUGCAGAAGAGGAUGGACUCAGGGGAGACCCAAGACUCCAAGCCAUUUCUGAAGCCCUUAGAAUCGUUCCUCACUUCCCAAAACCAGGAAUAAUGUUUCAAGAUAUAACAACAUUGUUGCUUGAUCACAAGGCGUUCAAAGGCACUGUGGAAAUCUUUGUUGAUCGCUACAGAGACAUGGACAUCUCUGUUGUCGCUGGAGUUGAAGCUAGAGGAUUCCUGUUUGGUCCAUCAGUUGCCUUAGCCAUUGGUGCAAAAUUUGUGCCAUUGCGUAAACCUAAAAAGUUGCCAGGUGAAGUAAUUUCUGAAGAUUAUGAGCUAGAGUAUGGAACUGACCGUCUAGAGAUGCAUGUGGGUGCUGUUCACCCUGGGGAGCGGGCAUUGGUAAUUGAUGAUUUCGUAGCAACAGGUGGGACCCUCUCUGCAGCAAUAAGACUUUUAAAACGGGUGGGGGCUGAAGUGGUCGAAUGUGCAUGUGUUGUUGGGUUGCCUGAAGUUGAGGGUCAAAGCAGGCUAAAUGGAACGCCUCUCUAUAUUCUUGUGGGGCCACAGCUACGAGAGCGUCCUUGUUAAGAUGUUUGUGGGUGGUGGGAGUAUGCUUGAGCUGAUCACAUGGGGGCAGAAGAUGACGCUUGGGCUAUUUCUUUUGUUAUUUGUUUCUCUACCAAAUUCAAAGUGUUAAGCACACGAGGGUAACAUGGAGAUGUUUAUAUCCUCUGUAGUCUGUUAUGUAAAAGAGUCUGAACAGAGCAUAAGAUUGAAGAAAUGCUGUUUCCAGAUAUCAAUAAUAAAUUUGUGUUAUCCAACUUA